AUGGAAGGAGGUGCGGCAAUUCGAGAUAAGGCGAUAAGCAUAGUAAAAGAAGCGGUCAAAGAAGAUAAAGCGGGAAAUUAUGAAACCGCUUUUACGCUCUACAUGCAGUCACUAGAUCAUUUCAAAUGCUAUCUCAAGUACGAAAAGAAUCCAAGGAUGCAAGACACCAUUAAAGGAAAGUUCAACGAAUAUCUCGAAAGAGCCGAAGAGUUGCAUAAAAUUGUAGCUGAGCAGAAGAAUGCAACGGAUCAAGCCACGGAAUCGGGAAAUCCUGAGGCUAUGAAAGCACGACCAGGCUCGAACGGCGCCGCCACCACAAACGCUGGUGGUAGCACAUCAAAGGAGGAUAGCGCGGAGCAGCUUAAAAUGAAACAACAACUUGGAGGCGCGAUAGUGACUGAAAAACCAAACGUAAAGUGGUCCGACGUAGCAGGAUUAGACCUCGCUAAAGAUGCUCUGAAAGAAGCUGUCAUCUUACCAGUAAAGUUUCCUCAAUUUUUCACGGGUAAGCGAAAAGCUUGGUCGGGAUUUUUAUUGUAUGGUCCACCAGGAACGGGGAAGUCAUACUUAGCUAAAGCAGUCGCAACGGAAGCAGAUUCUACUUUCUUUUCGGUGAGCUCGUCAGACUUGGUGUCGAAAUGGAUGGGUGAAUCGGAAAAGUUAGUGAAUAAUUUGUUCUCCAUGGCGAGAGAAAAAGCACCUUCGAUUAUUUUUAUCGACGAGAUAGACGCGCUUUGCGGGGCUAGAGGCGAGUCGGGUGAGUCUGAGGCGUCCAGACGCAUUAAAACAGAGAUACUCGUGCAGAUGCAAGGCGUUGGUUCCGAUUCGGCUGGGAAAGUUCUAGUUUUAGCCGCGACAAAUACGCCGUACUCGUUGGAUCAGGCUGUGCGAAGGCGUUUUGAUAAAAGAAUUUAUAUACCACUUCCGGAAGCGGCGGCGCGAGCGCAUAUGUUCAAAGUCCACGUCGGGGAAACACCUCAUGACUUGACGAACGAGGAUUUUGAAAGCUUGGGUGUGCAAACACCCGGUUUUUCUGGAUCAGACAUAGAUCAUGUCGUUAAAGAUGUGCUUUAUGAACCCGUUCGUAAGACGCAAGAGGCAACGCACUUUAAAACGGUCACUAAAGAAGAGGACGAAACAAAGGAGUAUUACGUGCCCUGCUCUCCGGGAGAUCCUUCCGCUUGGGCCUCGACGCUAGAUGAACUUGCCAGCUUAGGAUAUGCGGAUCGAGUAAUGCCUCCACCCAUAACGUUGGGUGAUUUCAAGAAGAUACUUUUGAGAGCGAGGCCAACGGUAGCGGCGGCUGACUUGGAAGUACACGAGCGGUUUACGAAGGAGUUUGGCGAAGAAGGCUGA